AAACUGGUAAAACAAUUACCAACAGGCUUGUUCAUCAGUACAAAUACCUAUAAAUAAGUAAUGUAAUACAUAUUCAAAAAAUAUAAAUCUAAAUACUCUUAAGUAAAUGUCCAAUUCAAUGGUUUUCGUUGGAACAUAAAUAUUACAAUCCUGUGAGAAAAUCUUCUUGUGACCAAUAACUACUAGUAUGUUGAGAACAUAACUCCUUUUGGGCAAUUAACUUAUAUAUUAUCGGGUGGAAAAUAAUUCUAGCUAAGAGAAGUAGAAGGCAAAUAAUUCAGGAAAAGUUUCUUCUUAACAAUUCUUGCAACUAAACUUCACAUCAAGUAAAUCAGAUAUGGGGAGAUUUGACUAUUUCAUUUUCACAGCACUCCUUUCAGUAGCCUCAGUGGCAAGUAUGUCCCAUAACAUGACAACCACAAUGGCACCAAUGCAACCUCUUAACUGUACCAACAUCCCAGAAGUUCCGAUGAAACCAUAUGAUGGGAACAUCACCGCUGUUUUGGCACUUGCAAAUGAUAACAUAAGAGUUUGCAACUUAAUUAUUCCAUUGUUAAAUGGUUUCAAUGCAAAAUUGAAAUUAACUGGUGUGUACGACCAACUUGAUCAAGUCAUGAUGCUAAUGAAGUAUUUGCAAAUGAGAAUUGAAAUUAUCAACAGAAGACUUGACUGUGGACUUCCGAUGAGCGUAGAGGAAGCAAAAAGUUUGAAGCAAAUGAUGUACAAUGACCAAGUUUCAAAGAGAGUCUUGUACGGUGUAAAAAUGCGGCUAACAGUCAUCAAAGAACGUUUAAGAAAUAUUUAUAAGAAUUGAAAAUGUUUUGACUCGCUUAGCUUAUGAAUAAUAUUUUAACAGCACUAUAAGUUAUUGUAAUAUUUGUUAUUGCUGAAAUAAAAUUCGAGGCAAGUUUAAUAAUUAGUUUCUGUUGUUAUUAAAAAGAGGGCUAAUAACCAACUAAAUCUUUUACAACUAAGAAAUGUUGAAGGGGUUACGACCAGGAGUAUGCCAUUUAAUUCUUAACGAAAGUCUGUCAAGUGAAAUAAUUAAUGGUAUUAAUAUCGUAGUUUUGUAUCUGUAUUUAUUAUGCUUGACAUGAGGGUAUAUAUAAACAGUGUCAAUGCUGUAUUAUAAAGUGGCAAAAUUCUAACGGCGGAAAAGUCUAUCAGUUCUAAUGUCUAUAAAUAAGCAAAAAGUAUAAAUAUAAAUUUUUAAUUUUUAAGUAAAUGUGUAAUUAGCUGUAU